AUGUUCUUGUCGAACUACACAUUCUCAGCGCUUGCUGUCGCCGCAGCGCUGUAUGGCUUGCUGGAACACUGGUUCGGCAUCUUUCACGAAGAAACAGAGCCUCCGAUCCUCCCAUCGAAGAUACCAUGGUUUGGUCAUCUGCUGGGCAUUAUGCAACAUCGCACACAAUACAUGCUUCGCCUGAGAAAAAGAAGCACACUCCCCAUCUACAGCUUGCCCAUGCCUGCAGGUAAACUAUACGUCGUGAACACCCCACACUUGAUCACUUCGGUGAUGAAGAACUCGAAGACUCUGCUAUUCGGUCCUUUUGCGACCAAAAAUCAUCGUCGACUUUUUGGCGUCAGCGCAGAAGCAGAGAGGCUCGCUCAGGACAAUGUGGAUCUUGCACGAGGACCCUGGGAACUCUGGCAUGAAGCAGUCAACGCAUCUCAUGUCGCGCUCAACCCCGGCGAAGGUCUUGACGAGCUGAAUCGCAAGAUGCUCCAGGGAAUGUCUGGCACAUUCGAGAGACUGAUCAGAGACACUUCGGAGGAUCCAAAAGAAAUUGGACUUCUUGAAUGGCUCAAGCUGGAGUUGACAAACAUCGUUACAGCGGCUUCAUAUGGCCCGGGGAACCCAUUCGUGGACCCCAAAGUAGGUGAGGCAUUCUGGAACUUUGAGGAGAACAUGAUGAUGGUGUUCGCCGGUAUCUUCCCUACGGUCUCAUGUCCCAAAGCAUACUAUGGUCGUGAAAAGACCAUCAAAGCUUUGACAGCAUACUUUGCAGCGGGCAAGCAGCAUUCUGCUGGUCAUCUGGUCAAGGGCAUCCAUGAGCAUACCGCCAAGUAUGGGCUUAGUCAUGAAGAUAUGGCUCGGUUCGAACUGGCCACAGUGAUCGCGAUGCUCGUCAACACUCUGCCCUCCGCAUUCUGGCUUCUCUACUACAUCUACAAGGACGAGAAACUGCUCAAAGACUUGCGUACCGAAGUCGCCACCAUCGUUCGGCCCAAGGAGUUUGAAAGUGGUGUGGUGGCCCGAACCAUUCCCGUUGCUGAUCUGAAGACCAAGUGCCCUCUCCUUAACUCGACCUGGCUGGAGAUCCUGAGACACCAUGCUGACGGAUCUUCAUUCCGCGAAGUGACUGCAGACACCGUUUUGGACCAGCAAUACCUGUUGAAGAAGGGCAAUGUAGUACAGAUGCCAGCAAUCGUGAUUCACAACGAUGUUUCGGUCUGGGGCCCCGACGCAGCACAGUUCGACGCAUACCGCUUCUUGGCCGACAACGACACAAAGAGCGACAAGUCAGACGCAACAGGCGAGGAGCGCCGUCGACAAGCCAAGCGACAAAGUGUGCCGGGAGCUUUCAGAGCCUUUGGAGGCGGCCAGACACUAUGUCCUGGCAGACACUUUGUCACCACUGAACUACUCUCCUUGACCGCAAUGAUGAUCAUGCGGUUUGACAUCACAUAUGGAUCAGGAAAGAUAGAGUGGCCGAAGCUCGGAUGGAACGAUAAGGAUAUGAGUGCCGCAAUCACUCAUCCCGCCUCUGAUAUCAAGGUCACGGUCUCCCAACGGCCGAGUGCCAGGGGACUCUGGACGUUCGAGACAAGUCAAGUGCAAGGGUAUCUUUCGUCAGAUUCUGCUAGUCUAUAG